AUGCAGCAUCGGGAAACUUACAAUGUACAACAAGAGGGAUUAGAAAACAACAAAAAUGUAUCUGGUACUGAAGACACAUGGGGAAGCCACCACCAGUCAAAAUCGUCGCGUACUCCGCGAGUCGGCUGA